AUGGACGACACACUCGAGAGAUACGACAGCGCCGUCGAACUGCCCUUCGAAAAUAACAAGCCAGAAGAAGAAGCAAUGACAACAUCUCCACCCCCACAAGCUCCCCACGAGGAGGAGCGGAGUCCCGGAUCCAUAACUACAUCUGAACAAGAACCACAGCAGCCCAAUCGACCAAACCAGCCUUCAAGACUCCUCUCUCUCCCACCAGAACUGCAACUCCUCAUCUGGGAGUCCACCGUAAUCUCGCCGGAACCUCUCCACCUAAACUGCCCCUGCGACAGCAGCUACGGCGGUUGGACCGACGAGUACUACACCGACCAAGCGUCCUGGGAAGCCGGCGAAAAGGAACCCCCCUGGCAACCCUCCCUGACCCGCGUAUGCCGCUCAAUCCGCGCCGACGCCCUACCGAUCUUCUACAAGUACAACCGCUUCCAAGCCGGGUACUGCUACGAAACCGACACGGAGAUUGUGGUCGAUUGGUUGAAGGUGAUUGGGGAGGAGAAUCGGAAACUGAUGAGGGGGUUCUACUUUUGGGACGCGAAUUGUAGGCAUGAUGCGAAUUGCCCGAAGGAUUUGAAGAGGGUGCAGAGGAGUGAAGUUGUGAGGGGGAUGUGUGGGGUUUUGGAGAGUGAGUAUGGGGAGGAGUAUUGUAAGCAUGCGGUGAGAUUUGGGGUGAAGGGGGAGGAUGAGGAGUUGGAGGGCUUAGAGGGGUUGUUUGAGAGUAUCUAG